UGGUAAUGUGAUUGGCUGCCGGCAAGAAAGAAAUGGCCACCGCUGCUUCUGCGGAAAUGAAAUGGCUUACAACGCCGACAAGAAGACGACGCCCAGACCAAAUCGAUAAGAAAUCAAGAAUACCCAUCUACAUAUCCACAAACCCAGUUCACGUAAAUCCUCAAGACCUGAGAGAGCUCUACAGUACCUGCAAUCAUUCCUGCCACCGCUUCCCUCGGCUAGACCAACUGGGGAGAGUAGAAGAAGAGCCAGUGGAUUUGAAGAGGCUGCAGAUUGCCCUCUCUCACAGCUCUAUCCUUGUCUCCGUCUUCUGCAACCCGCACCAUGUAACUACUACUGCCAUUAAUGGAAACCAGAGGAUGAAUCCGAUGGCCGAUUUUGUUCAAAAUCUGUUUCCCCUUGUCUCUCCAACGAAUGGCAGCCUCGUGGGCUUUGGGCGUGCUGUUUCUGACUUGGGAUUGACUGCUUCUAUCUACGAUGUCAUGGUUACACCUUCAUUACAACGGAUGGGAAUCGGCAGAAUGAUUGUUCAGAGAAUUAUAAGAAUGCUAACAAGUAGAGAAAUUUAUGACAUUGCAGCCAUCUGCUCGGAGAAUGAGAGAUUAUUUUUCAAAUCAUGUGGAUUUGGAGAUGACACAUUGAGCUCCACUACAAUGAUGUACACAAGGACCAUUUCAACUUGUCAUCAAAAUGAUUGGAAUGUUAAACAAGCAGGUCGAAAGCUUUUGUUAAUUCCUCCAUGUCCAGCAUCCAGGACAUCUGUAAAGACUAACAAAUCAUGAAGUUCAGGCAUGUUUGUUUUGUGCUAAAGCAUUUGCAGGUGAAGACUUGGAACAAUCUUUGCCGCGGCUUCCGACAUAAUUCUGGGAUAGAUGGAUGACUGUUAAGCUCUUACUUAGCAGAUAAAACAGACAGAUUUACUACCCGCCAGACUGAACGGAGAAUGAAAAAGAAAAGGAAUGGAGUUUUCGUUUUUCAGAUUUGCAUGUUUGCCAUGAAUUCUACGUUAGAAGCUAACCUUUGUAAAAAAAAAUUCAAAUCGUUAGUGUGUUUUUGUUCUCUUUUUCUGGUUAUAUGUUGAUUGAGGAGGACUAUUGAUUCUGGUUGUGACAAUGAACUCGUUCU